UGUAAUUGUCUAACGCACGCGGCUGGCCAAAAUUCUGGGAGACUGAGAAACAGGGUUGAGACUUUUUUCCGCUGCCAAGAUGAUCAGAUCGUCCAUUCACCACUUGAAACGCAUCUAUCCUUCGUGUUCUUACCGUUCUGUGGGAUCUGCGACCAAACCAGUGCUACAGGAGACCCCGGUGGACUGGAGCAGCCUGCCGCCGGUGAGACUCCGGGGGAGACGGUACCUGGUCGGCUCAGACAGCCCAGGCGUACCGGAGCUCCUCCAGCCGCCGAGGGAGGGUUACCCGCCCGUGUACGUCCCUGCGGGGAGCGGGGAGUUCUCGCCCGAGGACUGGGCGGCGGCGGUCCGGUGUGUGUCACGAGAGGUUGUGGACGGGGCAGGCGUUGGUGCCGUGUUAUUACGGGGUUUGCCACUACGUACAGCCACGGACUUUUCGAGGUUUGUGAAUAAUCUGUCCCUGAAGCCAAUGUCAUACGAAGGGGGAACCGCUAAGAGAGACAACGUCGGGGAAAAUGUUCUCACUGCGAGUGAAGAUCAUCACGCCAUGUCCAUAGAACCUCACAACGAGAUGGCAUACACCAACUACUACCCGGAAAAGAUCAUAUUCUACUGCCACGAGCCUGCCGAGCCGGACCAGGGUGGGGAAACCGUCAUGGUGGACGUGCGCCAGAUCUUUCGGAAACUGGACUCGGCUGUCGUCGGCAAGUUCCGGAAACUCGGAAUCCGGUACUGCCGGUACAUGCCGGAAAGAGGAGACUUCUUGCAUGGGUUGAACAGCUCCUGGAAAGAGACGUUCCUCACGGACAGCCGUGAUGAGGUGGAGAGGUACCUGAGUACACGGGGAGUGACGUGGCAAUGGGGGCAGGACGGGUCGGUCAGCUGGUGGUACAAUCUACCCGCCAUGACUCUAUAUAAAGGAGAGUGGCUCUGGUUUAACCAGGCCCACGUGAACAACGCGGACUUCCUCACGGCCCAUCCUGACUACGACAGCACCAAACCCGUCCCUCCGCACCUGAACCCCUUCAACAGCCAAUAUGGCGACGGCUCGGAGAUCGAACCGGAAGUACUACAGCACAUACGGGAUGUGACGUGGCAGGUUGCAGUUGGGUUCCAGCUGCAGAGACGUGACGUGUUGGUGCUGAACAACAUGUACAUCCAACAUGGCCGCCUGGGCUUCACCGGAAACAGGAGGCUGCUCGUGUAUCUGGCAGUGUCAGACGCCUGAAUGCACCUUGAUUUGAAGUGAUUUUGCCAUAUAUUAGAAGUGUGAAGAUCACAUAUCAAAGAGUUUCUGUAGAAUUAACACUAGGGGUGGGUACCGGUACACUAGUUUUCACAUACAAUCAGGUACAGGUACAGGUACGGUCCAGACCUAAACCUGAUUCACUGUUAAUCGAAUGGGAGAUACUCAAAACAUUGGUUCAUUUUGCAUGAAGGAUUCUGUUUCGGAUGGAGUAUCCGACUUCUACUGGCGUUUUAAAAUCCUAUCUUCAUGUAAACAACACUAUUAAAUAUUGCCGCUUUUGAUUAACUUAGACCAAGUUUGACUGUACAAACUUGGUAAAAUGAUUAUCAACUCUCCUCUACUUCGCUCGUUAUUUUCUUGGGCCGCUAAUUGUUCA